UGUGUUAAACUGAUUGCAUUUAGUCGUAAAUAGUAUAGCAAUACCUGUUGAUGUCAGCGAUUGUCAUGACAGUUAGCUAAAGAUAGACUCACAAUCGACUCACGUCAAAUCAUAAACCCAAUAUUUAUUGGUCUCUUUUUUUGGAAAAAAAAAAGAUCGUCGUAUCGCUUAAGACGUUAAUUACAUUAACUUCAUCACAACGGGGGCCGAACAAUCAGCCAUGUCCGUCUCUCAGAUGGAAAAAAAUUUAUUUAAUCUUAAGUUUGCUGUAAAAGAGUUGGAGAGGAACUCCAAGAAAUGUGAGAAAGAAGAGAAAGUAGAAAAAGCUAAAAUAAAAAAGGCCAUUCAAAAGGGCAAUAUGGAAGGUGCCCGUAUUCAUGCAGAAAAUGCAAUUCGUCAGCGCAAUCAAGCAUUAAAUUAUCUGCGUAUGAGUGCAAGAGUUGAUGCAGUAGCUAGCAGAGUACAAACUGCUUUGACCACACGUAAAGUCACCCAGUCAAUGGCUGGAGUGGUUAAAGCAAUGGAUGCUGCAAUGAAAUCAAUGAAUUUAGAAAAAAUUUCAGGUCUAAUGGAUAAAUUUGAGAGUCAGUUCGAAGAUCUAGAUGUUCAAAGUUCGUACAUGGAGACUGCAAUGUCUCAAACUACAACUACUAAUGUACCACAGAAUGAUGUUGAUUCAUUGUUACAACAAGUUGCGGAUGAAGCUGGUUUGGAAUUGAAUAUGGAAUUGCCAGCUGGACAGUUGGGAAGCAUAGGUACCUCUACUGUCACUCAGGAACAGGAUGAACUUACACAACGAUUAGCGAGGCUUCGUGAAUAGUAAUGCAAACGUAUAUAGCACAGAUUCCUAAAGAGAAAGAUUGAAAGAUAUGUAAUCGAUGCUUAUCUGGUACAAUUGGUACUGACUUAUUCAGAAAAGCAGGCAACAAAAAUUGUUUAAAACCUACUUGAUCGCCUUAAAAAACAAAUAUAUAGUUUUUUGCUUGCAUUGGUUAUUUUCGAGUAAAAGUCUCUCAGAAUAACAGACUAAUGAAUGAAGCUUACAUAAGUGGUUUGAAAUGAACCGAAAUUUUUAA